AUGGCCGAGAUAUUUGGCACGGUAGCGAGCGCCAUCGCCGUCGCCGAGCUCUUUACCAAGAGCGCCUUCAAGAUCAAGAAGCUGUGGGACGAAGUCAAGGACGUCCCGGACGACAUCCAGCGCCUUCUCAAACAGCUCGACGAAGUUCGAUUGAUACUCGACACCGUUGCUGCCGCGUCCACGCAGCAUCAGUACCUGAUACACGGCAGCGCGACUGCGUCGGUUCUCCAGUCUUGUCAAGACUGGAAACUGAUUUGGGAUCCUGCCACGGAGGAGUUCGCUCGCGACUUUUGGCAGCUGGUGGAGAACCCCAAGUUGCAUGUUCCUGGAGAAUGGCUUAGCGACUCUGACGAGUUUGACGACUCCGACAGCUCUUACGACUCGGACUGA